CCGCAAUAAUACAAGUACAGAAACCAACACUAGCUUGGUUGCUCCUCCAUGCUCGCAGCAGCCCCCGCCAUGAAUCCACCAUCUCCUUCGUUUCAGCAGCCUCCAUACCCCGGCACGCACGUCUUCCUCGCACAUUAUAACUCUCGCUUUCUCCCUCCGGCCUGCAUGCCCCCCUUCCUGCUCACCCCCCAUCCUCCGAUCCAUCACUCACAGGCCGCGCAGCCCGGCCGGCCAUCUCCUCAUUAUAUAUAGCAGCAGCUCUCACUCUGCUCCAUCUGCAACUGCCACUGAUCACCUGCCUUAAAGCAAUCUAGAGCUUGUCUACUCGCCGAGAGCUUUCUCGCUCUUCUUCUAGCUACUUCGUUUCACCUGCAAGCACUGCUAUAGCUAGCUCCGAUCCACAUAUAUAUAAUCAGAUUGCACCAAGCAAACGACAUGUCCAGCAGCCGGAGGUCGUCAUCACGCACACGGCGUGCGGGGAGCGGCUCGCUGUCGUCGUCGACGUCGAGGUCCAUCUCGGAGGACCAGAUCUCCGAGCUCCUGUCCAAGCUUCAGGCGCUGCUCCCGGAGUCUCAAACUCGCAAUGGCGCACAUAGGGGCUCGGCGGCGAGGGUGCUGCAGGACACGUGCAGCUACAUCAGGAGCCUGCACCAGGAGGUGGACAACCUCAGCGAGACGCUCGCCGAGCUGCUGGCCUCCGCCGAUGUCACCAGCGACCAGGCCGCCGUCAUCAGGAGCCUGCUCAUGUGACCACCGUCGUACCGCCCGGAAAAGGCAAGCAAGCUCCCGGCCGGUGACGGUGAGAGAGCGCAUGCAUGCGUCCAUGGCAGUUAGAUCCGUCUCAGGCAUGCUGCCGCCUCCUGCCUAUAGCUACUUUUGCAACUGCUCAUUAGCUGCCCUGCCGCUGUCUAGCUACUAAACUACUACUAGUACUACUGUGCUCAAGGAUAUUAGUAGAGCUGGUGAGCUAUAUGCUUAGUAGUGAUGAGCAAUUCCUGUACUUUGAUGUGUAAGCUCUUGCAUUGUGUGGUCAUCGUCUCUGCUUUGCGAUCGGUUUGGCUGUUAAUCCAAGUUGGAUGUGAGAGGUUUUGCAAAUAAUGGUGAGAGAUGCAUGGACAGAUAAGCAUCAGGUUUCAUUUAUCUGAAAGAUACUACCACCACUACUGCUACUGCUACUACUACAACGACUAGGCUACUAGAGGUUCAUGCUGAUGAUGUACUUUGAGAUGGCUAAUUGGCUUUGUUUAAUGAAGUGGAGCUUUAGCUACUAGUAGUAAGUACAUACUUAACUCUAAGAUAUGCAUGAUGGGUUGUUUUCUUGAUGGUCCGUACUCCGCACACAAUAAUAAUCAUUGCAACUCU